AUGUCCAGCUCGAUAAAGAAACCUAACUGGAAUAGGUGCCUUUGUCAUGUAAAAGAAAAUGUUCAAGGUCAAUUAACAGCAUUUACUAGCAAAAGCUGGGAAAAGUUUGAAAGCUGCUCGACUCGGAGAAGGGAUGAAAUCUGGUUGAUAAUGAAGAACUACUGGAAUGAGGGACCAAAAGGGGGAUAUCACCGGCAAUGCUACCAAGAAUACACAGACAUAAACAAAGUGUCUAAGGAGGAACAAAGUCAUUGCAAUACCAGAGAGGAUCGAGAUAAAGAGUCUCUUGGGCAGUCCAGUGGUAUUGAGCUUUCGUGUAAGAGGGUCUGUAGGUCACAACUUCAAACAUUUGACAUUGAUAAAUGUGCAAUUUGUCAGAAGGACAAAGUCAAGAAAGCCUACGGCAAAGGAGCAAGAACAAGAGAACCACUUACACUAAACAUUAGUGAAUUUGGUAGUGCCACUUUGAUAAAAGCAGCCCGGAUUCGGAAUGACAGUCGCAUGCUAUUGCACAUUGAUGGACGAGCCACUAUAGCUAUGGAGAUCAAGUAUCAUCGAUCGUGCUACAAAAAUUAUGUCCACCCAAAGCAACUGGCUAAGUUAGAAGAGCAGAAUUGUCAAGAAGAAGAUGCCGGAACUGAGGGUUAUGACAGAGCAUUUGGUAAAGUCAAAGAAUUUGUUGAAAAAGAAGUCAUCGCUGCGGCAAAAGCCAUUCCGAUGUCAACCCUUAUUGAAAAAUACACUUCCUUCCUUACAGAAGAAGGAAUAGAUGUAGUGACGUACAGGUCCACUAAGCUGAAGAACCGGCUUACGCGUUUUUUUGGAGAACGAUUGUCCUUUCAUCGACCUUCGAACCAAAACCAAUCAGAAUUAGUCUAUGGUUCGCACCCCAAAUAG